AUGGCCGAUAGCAUUAUUAGGAAAGCUUGCGACCGUUGCCACUCCCAGAAGCUGAGCUGUAAACGAGUCGGCGACGAGGCCUGCGAACGCUGUGUCAGACUUCAGACCGAGUGCAAAUCAAGUCCCUCUCUUCGCUAUAAGAAGCAGCAACAGCAGCACGGCCAGCAAUACCAACGCCAGCAGCAAAGAACCCCAUAUCAGAAUCAACAGAAACCUCAAACACAACCAUCAGCAUAUUCUACGCCAGUGUCAAAGCCCCCUGUCGGCAGGCGUUCGCCCAAGCGUCGAAGGACAGCUUGUGAGUUGGGAAUACCAAUCAAUCAGCAGGCCGAGGACACAUUGUCUGAGAAGCAGAGUGUCGUCGCCACUGAGGCAUCGUUGGAACCAGCAGACUUUGAUUUUAGCCAGAUUGAGAACCUCAACUUCUUUUCGCCCCCUCCAGCCGCUUCCCUGCCACACAACUCAGUUCCAGGAGGUCUUGACACCUUUCAGCCUGUCCCCACGUUCCCAGACCCUUGGGAUCAGCAGUUGAAUCAAGCCGCCGAAGCAUUCCACGCUACGCCAACAUCUUUCCAACCCGGAGACAACAGCGGGUUUCAAUCAGCCGUUCCUACACUGAGUCUGACAGAGACUCCUCACAGUCAGUCUCUUGCAGAAAAGCGCAGAAGGCCCCGUCUUAGAAACCGACCGAGGCAAAUUGCGUUACGCCAGAUCGCAAACGCACCAGCCACACACAUAGACCCCCCAAGUAUACACUGGAUGGCGCAAUUAUCUGAAAUCAAUUCUCGGCUAUUGGACCUUGCGUCUGUCUUGCCCCAGCAGCAACCGGCAGCAUGUAAUUUUGACACCCUGGGCAGAUCAAAUGAUGAAGCGUUUGCCAACCAGGGGUUUCCAAUUGAUGAGAUGUUCAAGCUUACUCGACGAGUGGCUGAUGUCCUCGACCGGUUGUCGGCAGGAGUAGGCGCUUCUGCAACCAGAAUGGACAACUCUGACCCCGGAAACUCCAUGUUUGUUCUCUCGAUAUAUGUCCGCCUGCUCGACAUGUAUCAAAAGGUGUUCAGUCUGGUUCGCAUGGAACUGUCUCAAGUUGAUUCGGAAGCUCUCUUCCGAUUCUGGAGACUUCCUGACGUCCAAGUUGGGUCUUUUGCCGUGGACCCUUCUCCAUCAUUGCAGAUGUCUCUUACUAUCCAGUUGGCAGAGGAGUUUCUCGCUCGUCUCCGAGUGGCGACUGCGGCCUUGGAUCCUGCCUUGAGCAAUGGCGGUGGAAGCAAAGGGGUAUCUGAAGACGGUGGGAGUGGCAAGUCAAUGUUUUCAGAUGUGGUGGACAUUUCUUUUCGAGCUGUCAAGACGAAGGAGGAGAGCCUUGGGAAGCAUCUCGCCGAGUUGCGGGAUGAAAUUGAGGCCUUUCUAAACCCUUAG